AGAGUGAUGCUAUUCACACCGAGUAACAGUUACAUGUUUGCCAGUACGUUUCUUCAUUGGUUGUAAAUAAAAACACAGGAAAUGUUAUAAUUAUGCUGCGCAACGGCCAUAAUCAAGCGCAACUGCUGGCCAGAAGCUUUGGGCAGUUGGCGCGGGGAAUGACCAGUUCGAAAAGAACCACUGCUAGGCAGGAGAUGCAGACACCGAAACUCCCAAAGCCUCCGACAAUUGAGAUGCCGUCGGAAGAGCCUCUAAAUGCAAGCUAUUUGGCAAAAAAUCUGGGUAGUAACUAUCGGACUUGGGUGGCUGCCUUGGAGAAACAUCCGGAGCUAAAAACUUUGAAGCGAAAGGACCUACUAAACUCUUACGACACUUUAAAAUCUUUGAACUACAGCGUGGAAGACAUCAUAGCCAAGCCCAUGAUUAUCUACUAUGGAGCCACCACGCUAGCCAAUCGCCACAGUGUUCUGCAAGAGUGUGGUUUUCACAACGUUACUAUCCAAACGCUGGCAAAGUAUGUGACUGUGGUCAACAAGCCGAUAGAAGUCCUUAAAGCUCAUAGUUACAUCCCCUUUGAUGUAAGGGUGGCGGAGCGGCUGGCUGGAUUUUUUACGAGCAUAAACCUGCCGGUGGAUUUGCGGGAGUUAGACAGCGAAACCCUCACGCUAAAAAGUCUUAGGCAAUCCUUGCUAAACGCUUACCUACGCGAACGCCUUCAGAUGGACGAAAGUGAUCUACAGAAGCUGUGGCGCGUUUACUCCCGCAUUCGCCAUAAGAGCUUUCGGGCAGUACAAGAUACUGUGGAACUUCUUACUACUGAGUUUAGUUUCCCUGCCGAGCGACUUAGGAAGAAUAGUUUUCUGCUCUAUUCGGAAGCGGAUAAUGUAAGACGCAUCCUUCGGGAGAUACCCACCAUCGACUCACAGAAUAUACGCGAUAUCGGCUUCCGACGGCCAAAGAUUCUGAUGUCCACCUGCGAUAGUUUAAAACAAACACUGCAGCAUGUUCACGCCUUUGGAAUCAGUGAGGAUGCUGUCCUGCGCUGCUUAGAGGUGCUCACCUUAGGGCCGGAUACAGUGCUGGAGCGACUGAGGGAUCUACACGAGAUUGAAGAGUUUCAGGUUUUGGGCACCAACCCGCGAGUACUGAGACUGGUUCACUACCAAAAUAAGGCACGACUACGUCUAGAUUACCUAAAUCAGCUGAGGGUUCGUUGUGCCUCCUUGCACAUCCUUUCCUGCGGCUCGGAAGCUUUUGCAAAAUUUGCCAGAGAUGGUUCGGAUCGUACCAAAGGUCGUGAUAUCGUGGUCUACUUGGGUAAUGUUUUGUCCAAAGACGUACAAGUGCUGCGCAAUCUACUUUCCCGCCAUCCCAACUGGUGCCACAUACCCUUGCUGCACGUUAAACAAUGUCUGGAGUACCUACAAAGUAAGAAGUUUAAGUUGAAUGAGAUUUUUGCAAACAUCCACUUGCUUCUGUAUCCCAUCAAACGUAUAGAGGAAAAGAUGCUUCUUUUACAAUCACCAGAUGCCCAAGAAGAACUUCAGUUGCCAGUGGCAAAGUUUGAUUCUCUGAGCAACAACGAGAUCCUGACUCUCAUCCUCUACCUUAUCGAAUCAGAGUUCCACUUUACAGGCGACGGCAUCUGGACGGAGCAACAUUCACAUCACGUGGAAAACUUUAACAACUUACUGCCCGACUUCCCCGAAAGCCUUAACAAGGUCUAUAAAUAUGGUGUAAAACCUGCAGAUAAGCUGGCCAUGCAGCAUUUAUAGGCGCACGAAAUAUGUAAAUAGUUUCUUAUUAAAAUUUGCAACAAUAAUGAAAUCCCAACAUAAGCAUUAA